UGAGGGCGCUACAGCUUGUGCGUCGUGAAAUGUGCUCCGACUUGAAACACGCUACUGAAAUAUCACAGGAAGAAACACCAAUACAUGAUUAUACAUUCUGUGGUUAAUUACGUACGUUUGAGCACUUUGAUUGUUCUUAUAAAUAUGGAAAACGUGCUGUGUCUUCGUGUAUCGCAGUGUUAUGCUCAGCAUUUCAGGACAUAUUUACAGUCUCGGCAUGUUCUGGACACAAGUUUCCGCUUAUGUCAAGACACAGAUGAGACAAUUUUGAUACCCAUUUUGCCCAAUAGUGUCUCGCAGUUGGACAUGGGACAUCUCCAGUCCACUCUGGCAUCUGGCAGUGUCUGUCAAAUAACCUGGAGACAGGUUUUUAAAAAUAAGAAAAAACAAACCGUUGUAAAUAAAUUAGAGGUAGUCCUUAAGAAGCUGUUGGAGUCUGCUGGGGAAGAAUGGACAGAGGAGCUGAGGAGAGACCUGCCACGUGGCUUUGAGAGGCACGGGGACCUUAUACUACUUGCUGACAAUUGUUUCUCUCAGUCCAUAUGGAAGAAAUUUGGUUGCACACUAUGGAGCAUGGUGGCAGAGGUGUUGGGGAGUGAUCGACUUGCAAAAAAGAGUUGUAUAUCCAGUAAUGGAUUUAGGUCUCCUGUUGUGAUGAUGCUUCAUGGAGAACAUAGUUGGGUGACACAUGUUGAUAAUGGCAUCAGAUAUGAUUUUGAUGUCACCAAAUGCAUGUUUUCGUCAGGGAACAUUACAGAAAAACUCAGAGUUGCCAGAUUUAACUGUAAAGGAGAGACCAUUGUGGAUUUGUAUGCUGGAAUCGGAUAUUUCACAUUGCCCUAUUUGGUUCACACGGGAGCGGCUCAUGUUCAUGCGUGUGAGUGGAACCCUGAUGCUGUUGAAGCUUUACAUAAAAACCUUACAUUGAACAAGGUCUCUGAGCGUUGCACUAUCCACCAAGGGGAUAAUAGAAAUCUCCAGUUGUGCGAUGUUGCUGACCGUGUAAACCUGGGCCUCAUACCAAGCUCUGAGGAUGGCUGGCCUGUUGCCUGUCGACUGCUGAAAAGAUCCACUGGGGGCAUUUUACACAUUCAUCACAAUGUUACUUCUCCAAUGUCCACUACUGACACUUCUCUGGACAUUCACAGUGACACUAAGGGGUUUUCAGUGAAGAACAAUGACAGAGGAGCAUGGCAGGUUUGGGCUGAUGGCACAGCUGAACGAGUUAGCUCUCUCCUAAAGGACACUACUGGGACAGAAUGGAGGACACAUGCCCAACACAUAGAACAUGUGAAGUCUUAUGCUCCUCACAUCCAUCAUGUUGUCUUGGACCUGGAGUGCAGACCAUUGUUAGAGGAGAAAACACAACACAAAGAAUGGAAAGAAUGACAACAGAUGAUUUAAAAUUAAUUUAAAAUAAUUUGUAUCAUUGCAGUCAACUCUUCUGCCUUCUCUUCUUGUACUCACAUUUAUUCUAUAUUUUCUUGUACAUUCCUUAUUAGAGUGUAUAAAAACUGUAAUUUAAACAGUUAGAACUAAAUCAGAACCAAGCAAAAAGUUGAGACUAGUUGUUGAGAAAAGUUGUUUCUACUGUCAAUGGCUGAACCUUCAUUUUCAGUUAUAUCACGUGUGCUAUCAAAGAAUAAAGUGCAAAAGAAGGGCAAAUG